AUGCUCUCCACGGAACAGCCUUCCACUGGCCCUUAUAUGCCAGCUACUAGGUCACCACUGCCACUACAAAACAUGAGUCGCAAUAGCCUCUCCCGCCGGUAUCCUUCGGCCACAACCCCAUCCCCAUCACCAUCUUUAUCUUCAAGUGCUUCAUAUGCACUGAAGUCUCAACAAAAUCCUAAUGCCAUGCCACAACACAUCUGGAUAGUUACCGGGCCGGCAGGCUGCGGGAAGACUACCGUUGCCCAAGGCCUGGCAAAGGAGCUUCGUAUUCCAUACAUAGAAGGCGACGAUUAUCACUCCAAGUCCAACAAGGAAAAAAUGACAAAUAGCAUCCCACUCACUGAUGCAGACAGAUGGGACUGGUUGAUCCAGCUUCGCGAAGCUGCGAUUAGCGCCCUUACCACACCAUCUUCCUCUUCGCCUGCGACUCCCCGGUCUUGUCCGCCUGGCGUCGUUGCAACCUGUUCUGCGCUCAAGCAUAAAUACCGCGACGUUAUUCGUGUUGCCGCCUAUGACCACCCCACCGUUAGAAUACACUUCAUUUACCUUCGUGCUCCAGAGGAAGUACUCCUACAGCGCGUUAGGCAGCGCAAAGGUCACUACAUGAAGUCUACGAUGGUCCAUUCACAAUUUGAAAUGCUAGAAGAGCCAGACUCCGAAUGGGAUGCACUCUCAGUAGAUUGUGCCGCCUCCCCUGCCGAAGUACAGAGACGAGUCAAUUCAAUUGUCCAACAGAAAUUGGAUGAGUAUUCGGAAUAA